AUGCCAGUUAACAUCAUAAAAGUCGAUUCGUCCGGCACUAGGUCGACUAGAAUGACGAACAAGGCGUCUGAUGUCCCUGGGAGGUUUCGGGUGGCGUCAGGUAUCCGCUACCAUCAUCUGCCGUUAUCAAACCUGAAAGCGCACUUUCUCCAGAGGAGCUUCUCCCACCCUUCUGCUUUGGAAUUUACAGAUCUUGUGUACUGUCUAGUCGUAUGCAUAGAUAUGCUCGGUGGCAUAUCUCUGGCGCAAUCCCACAAGAGCCGCUUGAGUUUUGUCCGGGGGCGAUUACACUGCUUGAAGGCACUUUUUCAAAGCAUAUUUGACGGCAUACAAGUUCGAUCACAGGGCGAGCUCAAGAAGUCAGCAGAAAGAGAAUGUACUCAGCGCAGCUGGGAGUGUUACUUUAAAACUCAUCUUCAUGUCAACACGAAGCACCUCAAACGCAAGGAGGCAUGGUACAACCAGAGGGGGUGUGGGGGACCGACACAUCAGAGUUGGCCAUGGUCAGCCUCAUCAUACUCAAUCAAUGGCGAGAAACGUUAA